AGACAGUAGGUGACUUAUGUCAGUUGCUAAUAUUAUACUUUGCAUAACAUAUCAAUGUAUACCUAACUAUUCCGGAAUAUUUCGCGGAAGUGGUCUAAAUAUAGUCAAUCCAAAGAAACACACGUAUAUUAUAGCGUAGAGAUCGGUGAGCACAGCUUUUUUCGAAUGGAGAUGUACGAGAAACCGUGUACCGAUAGGAGUGAGGAGAUCAAAAUGGUCCACAGUCAGCAUGCCAGGAUAAUGAAGGAGGAAGACGAAAUAUGGAUAUCCAGUGAAGAUCUCAAUACCGAAAAUAGUUCAGACGACGAAAGACUGAAACUGAGGCAUGCCUGUAAAAGGAAAACCAAAGUGAAGAACAGAAAACGAUCAUCUCCUAAUAUAAACGUUCAGAGACCGUCGAUAUCUUCGAUUCCACCAGUUGCUGGUACUUCAAAAGACUUAGAUGAUCGACUGUUGGCGUCCAGACUGGAAGUACCGUCGUCACAAUUGGACGAAUCAAAGACAUCGGAUGAAGAGUACGCGCCCGUACCGUCGAACUACAACACGAAACGUAUGAGCUUGGAGGACUGGCGACCUAUGAAAGGUGCCUUGAACUUGACCUCCUUAGAAGAGGCAGCUGCCGAGAACCGUGUCCCGAAGAUGUCCUAUCCCGAAAACUUUUACGAAGGGCUACUUGACAAGUUGCGAUCCUUAAAAUCCUGUUCCUCCCUGAAAUCCCUUCGAAAAAUAUCGCCUCCCGAAAGAGCAACAGCCCCAGUCGAUGGGAAAAGUUUCCAGUUUCUAAAGAAUACGCCCGAAGUGAAGGCCACGCUGGAUUUCAUCAAUAAGUUGGAUGAGGAGAUCGCCGAUACGAUUUGUAAAUAUAAGACCGAAAGAAGCGAAAGACAUAAGACAGAACUUGAAUUAUGCCAACAUAUUUCAGAUAAUGCACUCUCUCAAGAUAAAGACACUGAUCUAUUUUUGGAUAUGUGUAAUUUCGAGGGAAAAUUGAAAGGUUUUAAAAAGCAAGCUGAAGAAGAAGUUAUGGAGGCUUUUACUAAAGGUCAAACCAGAAGAUUUCCGAAAAAUGAGGAAAUCCAAUCGAACAAUCCCGUUGAAAAUAAAGUAGAAAAUGCAGGAAACGGAGAUAAUUCAGCACCUAGAAAUUUCAUUGAACUGAAUAAAAGGUCCAUUCGAGAUCCAAUGAUGACUACUUGCUGUUUAACUGAUGAAGAAAAAACUAAAAUUGAGAACAUGUUGAAGGAUAUAGAUGAUUUUCAGUUGGAUGAUGGUCAGCUUUCAGUAUGGUCUGACUCAAUCAAAGAUGUCAACGAGCUUGAAGAAAAUAAGGAAAACAUGAUAGUGGAUCUUACCACUAAUGCAUUUUCAAUAUUACAAAAUGAAAAAGAUAGAAUGGAUGAAAUUAAUACUCAGUUACAGAGAAUAACAUUAGAAAAAGGUGAUGCUGAAGAAGCACAUUCAAAUUCAAGGACAACAAUAAACCCUGUCAAGGACGAGGAGUUUUGGAAAAAGUGUAUUUUAGAUCAAUCUCUAAAGGAUAUCGAUGAAAAACUGGCUAAGAUUCACCAAAGUAAUGUUGAAGCAGAAGAAAAAUUAAAAUUCUUCUUAGAAAACAAUAACAUUGAAGAAGAAGAAGAUAUUAUUUUGAUAUAAUGCGUGACCUUAAAACUAUCACUUUGGUAUAAUAACAGUACUUAAUUUUGUCAAGUUUUUUUUCUAAUAAAAAUAAAAUUUCAAUAUUUAUUGAA